CUCAAAAUUUCGUGUGAGCAACGCCCACAAUAUGCAACAAAACAAAAAGUUAGUGAACUGGAAGGGACAGAAGGAAUCAAAAUAUAUCCGAAAUCAAGCAAAAAGAAAGGCUCCCCACCGCCACCGUAUCAUAUCAAUGAUUAUUUCAUUAGUAAAGAGGAUCAAUCCAACAAUCACAUCAAAAAGGAUAUUAAGUCUCAGUGAGCCACAUGCAAAGCAGGCGAGCGGCUAGCUAAGCUAUUGGUGCUGCGCUUCGCCGACGGCUCCAAGAAGCUUCUUGUUAAUUCUCUCCUUGUUAUGUAUUGAAAAAAAAUACAUAUACAUCCUUGAACAAUGGUACAUCCUCCUCACGCGGAGCCCUUCCCCGGGUCCGGCCGAGACGCAGACGCCGGUGCCGUUUUUGUUCUCGAGGCAAAAGGGGAGUGGUGGCACGCGGGGUUUCAUCUGACUACGGCGAUAGUGGGACCGACAAUAUUGACGUUACCGUAUGUGUUCAGGGGGCUUGGAUGGGGCCUGGGGUUUAUGUGUUUGACGGCGAUGGGGUUGGUGACGUUUUACUCUUACUAUCUGAUGUCAAAGGUGCUAGACCACUGUGAGAAAGCUGGUCGUCGCCACAUCAGAUUCCGCGAGCUGGCUGCCGACGUUUUAGGAUCUGGAUGGAUGUUUUAUUUCGUGAUACUUAUUCAAACAGCCAUCAAUACUGGAGUUGGAAUAGGAGCAAUUUUGCUUGCAUCGGAGUGCCUCCAGAUAAUGUACUCGGACCUUUCCCCCAAUGGGACUUUGAAACUGUACGAGUUCGUAGCAAUGGUGACAAUUGUUAUGAUAGUACUCUCUCAGCUUCCCACUUUCCACUCACUCAGACACAUCAACCUUGCUUCUCUUCUUCUAAGCUUGGGCUAUUCCUUCCUCGUAGUUGGUGCUUGUAUUAAAGCAGGUUUCUCCAAAAAUGCUCCGUCAAAGGACUAUUCCCUGGAAUCUUCAAAGUCAUCUAGGCUUUUUAGUGCCUUCACUUCCAUCUCCAUAAUAGCUGCCAUUUUUGGAAAUGGCAUACUACCAGAAAUACAGGCAACUCUGGCUCCACCCGCUACUGGGAAGAUGCUAAAAGGUCUUCUAAUGUGCUUUAGUGUCAUUUUUGUUACUUUCUAUUCGGCUGCAGCUUCUGGGUAUUGGGCGUUUGUUAACAAAGCUGAUUCAAACAUUCUCAAGAGCCUGCUGCCUGAUAUUGGACCUUUCUACGCUCCAACAUUGGUUGUUGGUCUCGCAGUUUUGUUUGUUCUUCUUCAAUUAUUUGCCAUUGGCUUGGUUUAUUCUCAAGUAGCUUUUGAGAUCAUGGAGAAGAAAUCAGCUGAUGUAAAACAAGGGAUGUUUUCAAAAAGAAACCUUAUCCCUAGGAUCAUUCUUCGGACGUUGUACAUGAUAUUCUGUGGAUUUAUGGCAGCAAUGCUUCCAUUUUUUGGAGACAUUAAUGGAGUGGUAGGAGCAAUUGGAUUUAUCCCCCUAGACUUCAUCCUGCCAAUGCUUCUUUACAACAUGAGCUUUAAACCUCCCAAAUCAUCCCUUAUCUACUGGAUCAAUAUUACUAUCAUGGUUGUUUUCACAGGUGCAGGAUUGAUGGGUACAUUCUCCUCUGUAAGGAAGUUGAUUCUCGAUGCUAACAAGUUUAAGCUCUUUAGUAGUGAUGUUGUGGACUGAACAUAAAUGAAAAUCUCUGAGCGUACGAGUAUCCUCAGAGAAAGUUUACCUUUGUUGUGAAUCAAAACUACACGUUUUGAUUAGUGCAAUUAAGAAUGAGAAACUGCAGACUAACAAUUUUUAAUUAUUAAUAACAAGAAUUUUCAGUUGCAAGAUCCACUUCUAAGCUGGCUGCACUGAUAUUGUCUAAUA